AUGGGCUCUUGGAAUGACCGCGGCUGGUGCUGGCAGUUUCAUGUGGAUGCCGACUCAUUACUCGAGGAUCCGGUUGCGACAGAGGAAGCUUUUUCUCUAAUUGAGCUGUUAACAAAUAUCAGCCCCACUCUCAAUGCACAAGAUACGUUAAGUUGGUGGCCGAAUCAAGAUGGUCAAUUUAGUGUGAAAAGCUUCUACAAUCUAAUGCACGAUCGGGAUUCGGAAGAUGUUCUGGACACUCAAUCAAAGUUGGCUUUCAAGAGGAUAUGGAAGACCAGUAUUCCAUCUCGUUUAAAGGUUUUUGGGUGGAGGGUGGUGCUAAACAGAAUACCUACAAAAGAUCAAUUGGCGAAAAGGGGGGUAAUUAGAGAUGGACAACAGCAACUUUGCACUUUCUGUCAGGACAAGGUUGAAGACUUAGAACAGCUCAUGUUCAAUUGCUCUAUUAGUCAAAGAGUUUGGAGUAGCAUAUGUGGAUGGUUGGAUAUUAAGGGAAUGGGAGAUUCGGUUGGAGUGAAUCAUUUGAGAAACUUCACUCAAGCUUUGACGGGAAAGAUAAAAAAGAAGAAGUUGUACUUAAUAUGGUUAACUACGGUGUGGUCUCUUUGGAUGGCGAGAAAUAAUUUCUUAUUUAGAGAUGAACCAUGGGUGUUCGACGACUUAGUCAUGAAUAUCAAAGAGUUGGCUUGGUCUUGGCAUACCAUAGGCAAUAGAGGUUCUUGUUGCACUUCCUUGUAUAAUUGGCUCUAUUCUCCCUUAGAUUUUCUAAAGUCUGACUGA